AUGUCCCAGGAGGGCUCUGGUGGGGUGGGGGCCACUGAGACACACCAGCCAGAGAAUGAGGAGCUGGAGGGGGACCGGACCACCACUGACCAGAUGGGCACCACUGCCCAUGUCUGCCCACAGGAGGGGAGCAAGCUGUGUGCCCACCAGGACAAUGCCUGGGUAUCCCCGGGGUGGAUCAGCCAGACCCACUGGGGCUUGCCCUCCCCUGCCAAGGAGCCAGGGCCGCCACAGCUCCUGCCCGCCAGGACUGGCAUUGAACGCGCCCCAUCCUCCGCCCGCCAGGAUCCACCGCUUCCCCCCAAGAUGCUUCCCUCAGGAGCGGGGCGGGUCCGGUGCUGGUGCCGGUGGCGGGCGGGAGCCGGGCGGCGGCGCGGGGCCGGCCCGGGCGGGGCGGCCCCUUUGUUGCGAGCCGCGGCGGAGCGGGCGGAGCCGCGGGCGGGGACCCCGGGGCCGCCCCCGCUGCCGGGGGGACCCGCAGCACCCGCGGCCGAGCCGGUGAGCAGCGGGCGGGCAGCGCCGGACCGGGUGGGGGCACCGGGGGAGGUGGGUGUGCAGCUGGGGGAGCAUGUGCCUGUGCACUGUGUGUGCAUGUGUGUGUGUGUGCACACGAGUGUGCAGAUGCAUGUGCGCCUGUGCGGUUCGUGGGGCGGGUUGGGCCGGAGGGUGCAGCCCCUGUGCGUGCAGGUACCUGCAGAGCUGCGCGGGGCACGCACAGGGCAGAGUGCUGCAGGGUGCCCCCAGCACUGCCCUGCGCUGGCAGGGCUGCGUGGGCAGGCGGAGCAGAUAAAUGGGAAGCGGCUGGCCUCCCCGCAGGGGGUUCCUGUCGCUGCAUGCCAUCACACUGGGGUGUUGGCACAGCGCUCACACAGCCACACGCGGGUGAUAGCCGAGUCCCCAGAGCCCCCUGGGGACCCCCGGGAUGCCUUGGCGCUGUGGCUGCAGGACAUCCCUGGCAUCCCAGGCCAGCCUUUACCGGGACAGACAGACAGACAUCCUCGAGACAGCCAUACCGGGUCCCCAGCCCAGCCGGUGACCGGGAGCGGACGGGAGGGGCCGGUCAGAGCCGGUGCCCUGGGCAGGGCGGUGCGGGGAAGCUCACAGCACCGGGAGCGGAGCGGGGCGGGGCGGGGGCGGGCCCGGUGGGGAACCGGCCACCUCCUCUUCGUCCACCGUCCCGCCCCGCCCGGGACACCCGAGCGGCUUCUUGUAACCGUGUACGGCUCAGCUCGGCACGGCACGUCUCGAUUCUGCCCGACUCGGGACGGUUCGGCCCGACUCGGCUCGGCCCGGCUGGGCUGGGUCAGCAGCGCCCGAGCGGCUUCGCGGGAGGCGGUGGAGGCCCGGCCCGGGAUGGCGGCGCGGCCAGCGCUGCCCGGCUCGGUGCUCCCGGUGCUGGCGGUGCUGUUGCUGUCGGCGGCGCAGGAGCCGGUCCCGCGGGUCAGCCUACCCUACGACUCAGCCGAGCGGGUUGUGCAGCGGUUCGAGGUGCCCGGCGUGACCAACUACACAGCCCUGCUGCUGAGCCCGGACGGUGGCACGCUCUACCUGGGGUCACGUGAGCUGCUUGUUGCUGUCAACACCAGCCACUUCCAGUCUGGAACACUGGCUCGCAGGCUACCAUGGAGUGCGGAUGAGGAGAAGAAGAGGCAGUGUGUGUUCAAGGGGAAGGACCCCCAGAGAGACUGUCACAACUACAUCAAGAUGCUGCUGCAGCUGAACAGCACCCAUCUCUACACCUGCGGGACCUGUGCCUUCAGCCCAGCCUGCGCCUACAUCAAUGUGCAGCACUUCAGCCUGGAGCGGGACGCGCUGGGGAGGGUGCUGCUGGAGGACGGGAAAGGCCGGUGCCCCUUUGACCCGGAGUACCGCUCCACGGCCGUCAUGGUCGAUGGCGAGCUCUACGCUGGGACCGUCAGCAACUUCCAGGGCAACGAGCCCACUAUCUCCCGCAGCCAGGACAGCCGCAUCGCCCUCAAGACUGAGAAUUCCCUCAGCUGGCUGCAGGACCCGGUCUUCGUGGGCUCAGCCUACCUGCGGGAGAGCCUGCCCACCGGCAACCCUGAGGGCGACGACGACAAGGUCUACUUCUUCUUCAGUGAGACCGGCAAGGAGUUCGACUACUUCGAGAACACCAUCGUCUCCCGCGUUGCCCGCGUCUGCAAGGGGGACCAGGGCGGGGAGCGCGUGCUGCAGCGGCGGUGGACGACCUUCCUGAAGGCACAGCUGCUCUGCUCACACCCCGAGGAUGGCUUCCCCUUCAACGUGCUGCAGGAUGUCUUUGUGCUCACCCCGGGCGAGCUGCGCUGGCGCGAGACGCUCUUCUAUGGGGUCUUCACCUCUCAGUGGAACAAGGGUGGGCUGGGCAGCUCGGCCGUGUGCGCCUUCCCCAUGCGCAGCGUGCAGCGUGCCUUCAGCGGGCUCUACAAGGAAGUGAACCGCGAGACACAGCAGUGGUACACUGACACCGGCCCCGUGCCUGAGCCCCGGCCAGGCACGUGCGUCACCAGCCACACGCGGCACCUGAAGAUCAACUCGUCCCUCCAGAUGCCAGACCGGGUGCUGAACUUUGUCAAGGACCACUUCCUGAUGGACAGCCCCGUGCGCAGCCAGCCGCUGCUGCUGCAGAGCCGCCUGCGCUACCAGCAGAUCGGCGUCUACCGCGCACAGGCCCUCCACAGCACCUACGACGUCCUCUUCCUGGGCACGGAUGAUGGCCGAUUGCACAAGGCUGUGCGUGUGAACCGUGGCGUGCACAUCAUCGAGGAGAUUCGCCUCUUCCCUCCUGGCCAGCCCAUUCUGCAGCUGCUGCUGGACCACAACCAGGGCUUUGUCUAUGCAGCCACCUACACAGCGGUGGCUCAGGUGCCCUUUGCCAACUGCAGCCUAUACCGCAGCUGUGGCGAGUGCGUGCUGGCACGGGACCCCUUCUGUGCUUGGAGCCGGGGUGCCUGCCGCAGGGCCACCCCGCACCCCACGGCACACCCACAGCUCUGGGCACAGGACAUUGAGGAUGCUGACACGGAGCGGCUCUGCCAGCUGGCCAACGUCUCCCACCCCCGUCCCCGCAUCUUCUUGACCCCAGCCUCAGGUGUCCAUUGCCAACAGAUCCAGCUGCCACCCAAUGCAGUGCGGCCACUGCCAUGCCAGCUGCUCUCCAACCUGGCAUCACGGCGCUGGCUGCACAACGGGACGCCUGUCAACGCCUCCUACCUGGUGCUGCCCGAUGGGGCACUCAUUCUGGUGGGCAGCCCUGAGCGGGCUGGCACCUACGAGUGCUGGUCGCUGGAGGAAGGCUUCCGUAAGCUGAUGGCCAGCUACUGCGUGGGGCUGCAGGAGCCAGUCCAUGGGCCGCCAGACCCCGGCAGGAAGGCAGCCACUGGCCAGGAUACCCUGGAGACCGUCAGCACGUCGCGGAGCACCUCAGCGGCGGGCAGUGCUGCGGCCCGGCUGGAUGGCAAGACCUACUGGACUGAGUUCCUGGUGAUGUGCGUGCUCUUUGCCAUCACCGUCACCAUCCUGGUGCUGGCCCUCUUCCUCCUGCACCGUCACCGCGAUGGCACAAAAUCCCUCCUGGAGCCCAGCGAGCGCAGUCGCCACCAGAAGCCGCCCCGCAAGCCGGUGGAGAGCCUGCCCCUGAAUGGCAGCAGCCUGCCCAGUACGGUGCCAGAGCACAAGGGCUACCAGGCCCUGCAGGACAACUACAUUGUCAGCACCCCCGUGCAUGAGCCCCCCGGCCCACAACGUGCCUUCUCCGAAUCGGAGAAGAGGCCUCUCCACAUCCGGGACAGCUUUGUGGAGGUGUCUCCUGCCUGCCAAAGACCCCGGGUACGCCUGGGCUCCGAGAUCCAGGACUCAGUGGUGUGA